AUCGCUUGAGCCCAGGAGCUGUGAUCGCACCACUGCACUCCAGCCCAGGCGGCAGAGCGAGACCACACUUGGGCGCGCAUAGCAGCCGCAGGUGAGCAGGGACCACGGCACCUACCCGGCAGGAGGGGUGGGGCCUGCGCACUGACGGACAGGCCGAGGCCCCGCCCAUCACCACGCCCACACUGCCCCACCCCUGCCGCAAUACACCGCGCCGCUUAGGCACCGAAGCCCCGCCCCUCACGCACAUACGCUAGCACCGCUCCAACUUUUCUGCUCCUCACGCAACACAUCCACGCUGCCCCGGCCCUCACGCACAUACGCCAACGUAGCUUCAUUCCGCGCACAUACGCCCGCGCUGUCCCGACGCUCACGUUCGCAAGCGCCGCCCGCCCCGCCGGGCCCCUCCCGCUCACACGUCCGCGCGGCCCUGCCCCUCACGCACGCUCCUCCCGUCCCUUCCCGCUCUCCUUCCGGCGGCCGCCGCCAGAGGCCGCUGUGGCGCCCGCCCCUCCCGCCACCACUACAUUCCUGCCCAAGAUGGCGGCGGCAGUGCUGCUUCGGGGCGCGACUCCGGGGCGCGGCGGCCCGGCCUGGCGUUGGCGGCUGAGCGGGACGCCGAGGCGUCGCCUGGCCCAGGGCUCCGGCUUUCCCUGCGGUGACCCCGCGGGCGGUGCAAUAUGGACUUGCUUCCGGCUGGACGAGCGCGCACUGGUGCGCGUGCGCGGCCCGGACGCGGCGCCUUUCUUGCUGGGGCUGCUGACCAAUGAGCUGCCACUUCCGGGACCUGCGGAUGGCGUGGCCCCGCCUCCUGUGCGCGCGGGCUACGCCCACUUCCUGAACGUGCAGGGCCGGACGCUCUAUGACGUCAUCGUGUACGGGCUCCAGGAGCGCGCAGAGGAGGCAGCGGGUUUCCUCCUGGAGUGUGACAGCUCCGUGCUGGGUGCGCUGCAGAAGCACCUCACGCUGUACAAGAUCCGGCGGAAGGUGGCGGUGGAGGCGCAUCCCGAGCUGCGAGUGUGGGCCGUGCUGCCCAGCGGCCCUGAGGCCGGCGGGGCCGCGCCGCUGCAGGAGAAGGCGGAGGCUGCCGCUGUCCUCACCCGCGACCCCCGGACCGCGUGCAUGGGGUGGCGGCUCCUCACCCAGCAGGAGGGCCCGGCCCUGGUGCCCGCAGGCCGGCUGGGGCACUCGGGGGAUUAUCACCAGCUCCGAUACCAGCAAGGCGUUCCUGAGGGGGUGCGCGACCUGCCCCCAGGAGUGGCCCUGCCCCUGGAGUCCAACCUGGCCUUCAUGAACGGCGUGAGCUUCACCAAGGGCUGCUACAUAGGCCAGGAGCUGACAGCCCGCACCCACCACAUGGGCGUCAUCCGGAAGCGCCUUUUCCCUGUGCGUCUCUCGGGCCCUCUUCCCGCCGGCGGCAUCUCCCCGGGCACCCCGGUGCUGACGGAGUCGGGACAGGCGGCUGGCAAGUUCAGGGCUGGCCAGGGGGAUGUGGGGCUGGCCCUGCUCCAGUCAGAGAAAAUCAAGGGUCCUCUCCACCUCCGAACCUCUGAGAGUGACCACGUGGCCUUAACUGUGUCUGUGCCAGACUGGUGGCCCAAGGCCACCAAGUAGCCCCGCAAUGCUUCUGGCUCUGGGAGGCCAGCGGAAAGGUCGGUGCCUCGGGCCUCUGUCCAGCGUCUCUUGGUCCGUCUGCUGUGCCUGGCAGGAUGGGAGCCCCGCUGCACUGGGACAGUCGUGUGCUCCUGCGAGGCCCAGAGCUGCAGGCCUGGCGGGCAGGCCACCUGGCCCCACCGACGCCCCCUGCGGAGGGUCCCACGGCCAUGGUCUCCCUGUCUGUGGACGUUCUGUGGCUGGGAGCAGCAGGAACCCUCCUGGGCCCCGGGAGGGGAGAAGGUGGCCUAAGCCCACCUUGGACCAGACCCAGACUCGGCCCCACGUGGAGUCUGCCGCAGGAGGACGGGGUGGCGUCCUUGCCCAGAGCCGCAGCUUCCAGUCCUUGCAUCCCGUGCUGCCCCGAUGGGCCUGGAGGGAGGAGGUCUCUGCAGCCCGCGUGGCCUUGGGACUCGUGUCCCCGUGCUCGCUUUGGAGCACGUCUCAGGGUGGAUCGUGCGGUCGUCCUCGGGCCGGGGGUGUUGGAUGCAGCGGGACGGGGCGUCUGCACGUGGAGGCCCCGGCACCUGCGCUCACCCGAGCAGCCGUAUCUCCGCGCGGUGUGCGCAGACGGCCGCGCCCUGUGUCCGCAGCCCUGCGCUGGCGGGGGCCUGGCAGCGAGGGCUUUCGUGUGAUUCCUGUUUGCCGUUUCUCAGCCGUAGCUGUAGCCGUGUGUUUCCAGGCAGAGUGUGACCUGCUGUCGGGUGAGGCCCCUUUUGAACCACUCACUCUCCCUGUCCCGCUGCAAUGUGAGCUCCGUGUGACGGGGCGCCUAUUAAAGUGUGACGCACAAGCA